AUGAGCGAUAAAAAAGGAAGCACUUCAAACCAUGGCUUGAAUUUGAACAUACCCCCACCAAGGGUUGCCAAUCAGAUACCUGAUUCACCAACUCGAUUACCAAUAGCGCCACCAACAUCACCAACAAGCUCAUGUGUGUCCAGCGAACUAAGCCUAGAUGACAACAGCAGCAGCAGCAGCAACAACAACAACAAUCGCGGCUGCACUCGGAGCCCUGAAGACAUUUCCAUGGUGCUAGUAGGGUGUUCUCGCUGCCUUAUGUAUAUGAUGGUCAAUGAGGGUGAACCCAAUGGUGGUGUCAAUAUUGAUGACAAUUGUGGUUUUGGGGAGGAUGGUAGUCGUUGCAUAGGUGGUGAUCGUGGUAGUAGUGUCAGUGCAUAUGGUUAUGGUGGUGGCGGUAGCGGUGCCGAUGGUGGUGGUGGCAAUAGCGAUAGCGGUGCCGAUGAUAAUGUUGGUGGUGGUUGA